AUGGCGCUGCUCCCUGCGGCAUUUGCGCGCCUCAGGCAGGCCAGGCGUUCCUGCCGCUCGCUCGCUCCCUCGUCUGUCCUGGCUCACCCUCGUUUUCCUCCCGUGUCGCCAGCUGUGCGCGCAGUAGAGGACACUGCGUCGUUCCAUGCUGUCGACAGGCACCGCUCACUCCUCCGCCAAGCUGCGUCUGCGCCUUCGGCGGCGGCCCAUUCUUCGCUCUCGACCUCCCUCGCCGAUGCCGGCUCAGUGUCUUCCGCCUUGUUUGUCUCCUCGCGUGCUCGCCGCUAUUCUGCCGCGCCCUCUGCACUCUUCUCUCCCUGCCGAUCCUCCUCGUCCUCUGCAGCGCCGCCUCAACCGGGCGCGCCACCCCCCUCCGCCAAAAGAGACUUCGGCACGCCGGAGCCCAAACCGCAGGAGCCUCCUGCGGAGACGAGCGACCGCGAGGCGAAGCUGACCUUCUGGAUCGAGCGCCUCCGCGAAGACCGAGACAAGGGAGCAGUCUACAUGCUAAAGGAUAUCCUGGAGAGGCCCGAGCCCGCGAGGGGCGCGGCGGUCGCGGCGUCCUCUCCACUGAAGAAGCCGCAGCCUGAGGCCGGCUCCGCCGAGGCCCCGCUGUCUUCUGAGGGGAAGCAGCGCGAGGAAAAAGAGAUCCUCGCACAGCUCGAAGACCUCGUCUCUUCUCACGCCCAGAUGACUGCGCAGGUUGGCGAGCUCGUGAGCUACCGCCAUCAGACGCGGCGAGAAGGGCGGAAGGAGCUGAUGGCGCUGGGGUUCACGGGGUUCGCGACGGCCUUCGCCGCAGCCAUCCACCCCUUCUUCUUCAUUGGGACGCUCAUCGGCAUGAGGUCUCUUCUGAAAGCGAGGGCGCCGGAGCGCGACCGUGAAGCUGGCGCCCGCCGCCUGCAGGAGAUCCAAGACUCCAUGCGGACGCAAGAGAGACAGAUUUUUGCGUUGUCUGAGCGGCUGUUGGAGCUCGAGGGCAUCGACGUGCGAGCCAACAGAGACGCGACGCCGCAGAACCCGCAGUGA